AUGAUAAACAGGGCAAAUAAUGACCGACGCGAAACGCUUGUCACCCGAAGCGAGCAUCCCGUCAAUGUAGAACAAGACGAAGAGCGAGCCGAACGCGUUGCUGCGGAACUGCCUACACGUCAGGAAAUCUAUAACUGGGUUGAAGAGGAAGACUUGGACGAAGGGGAGAAACUGGCUCGACGUGUCGUCUACAUCCUCAACGCCGGUCUGGUGUCGUGCCCGUUGGGUCAACACAAGGACCAGGACGCAUCACAUCUCGCAACUUGCCGCCGACAUCUACACCUGCGCGAGACGUGGGCUGGGUCCAGCGCCAGAGCCAGCGGGUUGUCCUUCACCGAGCGAGAGGAACAGUCACGACAGUUCGGCCUAGACCGGACCGUCCGACCACUUGAUGCUUCGGUCACAGGCCUCCGCCGCGACCAGCUGCCACCAGCCAGCCGGCUUGAAGCCCAAUUCGCAGGUUGGCACGAAGACAAAGAAUGGUCAGAUGCCGAGGUCUGCCUGCACCAAGACGACGUGCCGCAGCGGAAGCUGGCGCCCGCCGUUCAUGACAUCGACAGCUUCCUACAUAUCACGAAAGACCCGCGCAGCCUGAGAGGGCCGUUGAACAUAUGUAUAACAGCCCAGCCCAGCCUCCUCCUCUCCAAGUCCAUUCACGUCCGCGUGCCCAUACGGGUAGGAGAGAAGAUCAAGCAGGUCCCGAUCUACUAG